GUAACCCCUGGGAGUGAGAUCCAGUCUCGGUGUUGUCUUUAAAUCGUUGAGCUCGCUGUAGUCACGUCACGUUUAACUUGUUGGUUCUUCGUUUCUUUUGAAAUGGGUCUUCAAUUCUGUGGUGCUCAGAAUGGUGUGAAGAUGGGAGCGUUGAACGCCCCCAGGCGGGCUAUAUGGAUCUGCUCAGUUGUUAGCCUCACUGCAUUUCUUAUCUUCUUCUGCUUUCCCGUCUCUUCCUUUUAUCCGUUGUAAGUACACACUUGCCACUCCGUUGCAUGGUAAAGACUUCCGCUGGCGAUGCUAAGGACGAUGUAUUACAUAGGAAACCCACAGUCUCUCCAUCCAACCCCCCCUCUACUCCUCCUCCAGCUCCUCAAACCACGGAUAACUUCAGUGCCAACUGUCAUAAGAAAUCUCGACCGGAAGCCUAUAAACAGCAUGGCAAUGGAACCGAGAGCUUGGCUCUGCCGAAGUUAAUGGCGGAGUUAUGGAAACCUCUGGUACAUCCUAUCACAGAGAGAGUAUUCGUCACCGACAAGGGAGAACGUUUCGAAGUACCAAUCGACCAAGUACGAUGGAAGAAGCCAUUAGGGAAACGGGUCGUUAUCGUUGAUACUGAUACUCGGCUUGAUGGUAAAACCGAGAACACGAUGUUAAAUGAAUGUCCCUUGGACUUCACAACACUACCCGGGCGGACUGGAGGACACUUGAACCAUUAUAUAUACGCUAUGAUUCACGGUUACGAUUACCGACUCGUCCGUGCAGCCGAUUAUCCCGAUCGACACGGAACUUGGGUAAAGCCUGCCAUAACCAAAGAGGCUCUCAAGACCCAUGACUUCGUCAUCUCGCUAGACUCAGACGCCGUCUUUACUCAUCUCGACCUUCCACUCGAAUGGCUCAUGAACCUCUGGGAUUACCGCCCAGAAACCCUAGUCGCCAUGGCUUACGACCUUGACUGGGAACAAGACUACGAUCCCCAAGGAAACCUCAUCCUAAACACGGGCUUCGUCAUCGCACAAGCAAGUCAGCGUACCCAAGAUAUGUUUCAACGAUGGGAAGAUUGCCCACGGAGUAUACCUGGCUGCGAUCAUUGGAACUUCAAGUGGGCACAUGAACAGAGCGCUUUCUCGUACUAUAUCCGAUACGAGUUCAACAGAACACAUGAUGUAAAAAACAUCCCUUGCAAUCAGGCCAACGGUAAUGAGUUUACACUCGAUGGAAAUGGCGAGUGCAAGGGCGUUUUUGUGAGCCAUAAUUGGAAACAUAAGCACAAGACGCCCGAGUUGUUGAGCAGGAGCAUCAUGACUUCGCUGGCUCGUCGGGUACAUGGGCAGUUUCACCAUGAUAUUAAAGACUUAUACAUAGAUGCCUCGAAGGAGACAUAUCCAAUCGCCAAUGGGGCUACCUAAGCAAUGAUUUGAGGAAGGGAAGAUAAUUUAAAUUUAGACUAUAGAGCGUUGAGAUAUUUCUAAGACUAAUAACUCUAAUAAGGCCCAUCUGCCUUGUUUACUACUAAUGCUAGCAGUUAUCUCAAGCCAAAAAG